GUUUAGGCUGGGGUAAAAGGCUGGACGCAGACUUUGUAGGUAGGGCAAUUAUGUUAGUUAGAUUUAGAGUGUGAGCAGGGGGGGCAUGUGCUGUGUUAUUACCUGUCACUAAGGGAUAUCACAGGAAUCAUGGGUGAUGUAUCCAAUUUGGGCUGACACAUGCCAUCAUAGUCAGAGUAAUGCAGGGUGGGUGUUUGCAGUGUGAGUGGAGUGGAUACAGAGGAAAUGUAGUGUGGUCACAUGUGCUUAUGAGAGCAGGCAGGAUAUAAAAUAUUAGGAGGGGUUUGGGGUUGUGCAGAGAAUGCUUGCAAGCUUUAUGAGAAGACAGACAGGCAUGAAUGGGGUGAAUACAGAGUGUUUGUGCAGGGCAGACUGAUACAAGUUUGUCUAUUUUGCACUGAGACACUGCUCAAUGAUUAGGUUUGACAGCCAGGCUCAAUCUGCUCUUUGUUAGAGGAGAGAAGAUGCAUGGAAUGCUGAGGAACCUUGCAGCGUUACAAAGUAUCCAGAUCUUGCAAAGUUAGCACAUAGUAGAAAGGAACUUUAAAUGCAGUUGGUUGUUUAGUGACCUUGCAAUAAGUUACACAGCAUCCUGUUUUGGAAGGAAGACUGCUGUGGAGAAGAGCCUGUGUUAUUCAGAGGUUGAUGGUGAGAUGUGGCAUUGAAAAAGAGAGCGUGUGCCCUGCUGGAUCUGUAGAGAUGCCUGGAGUGGAAGAACAGACAACCAGCCAUGACAAUAUUUCUGAAGAACCCAUGACCACUUCACCUGCAGAAACCACCAAGGAGCAGCCAUACAGACUCUCUGGCUACCUAGCCAAGCUUUCUGGCAAAGGACCCCUGAGGAGUUUCAAAAACCGUUGGUUUGUGUUAGACCCCCGGAGGUGCCAUCUCUAUUACUUUAAAAGCCCUCAAGAUGCCCAGCCACUGGGGCAUAUAGAUGUUGGGGGCGCCUCUUUUAGCUACGACCUGGAAGCCGAAGAAGGGCAGUUUGAGAUCCACAGCUCUGGAAGGGUCUCCAUUCUCCGGGUAAUUAGCCAGGUUUAUAUACUGCGCAUAGUGACAGAGAUAAUUAUGUAAACUUCAUAUAUGUAUGAAUAUUGUAUAUUGUUAUUUAUGUGCAUAUUUCUAGAAAAUAUGUAAUUUAUAAGCAUUGACCGGUGCAUGUCCCUGUGUUUAGCAGUGCUUGGGUCAGUAAACCUCUAAAAACUUUAAUCUUUUUGCCCCGUAAAUAUUCAUAACUUUAUUUCACUGCAUUGGCCCAAUAGGUACUUUUUUUUCAGAUGGUGUCGGAGUUUAUGUUCAUUUUUUAAAUUUUUUUUAUUUUUAGUGGCACUAACCACGCAAAGCACUGGCCUUGAUGGUCUGUGUUUCAGUGUGCAUCUACAAUCUAGCCCCGGUCAUUAUUUGGAUUCUUUAAUUUAUUUGUGAAACAGAUUCACAUGUAACUCACUAGUCCCAAAGCAAUAAGCAAAAGUUGAAAUUUUAUGUUGCCUUUUGCCAUUGAGUCCAAGAUAAUUGUAUAGCUGGAUAUUACUUUAGUUAUUGGACGGAGGAGACCGAAAAAGAAAAUUGGGGGGAGGACUGGGAGAAGACUAGUAAAGAAACCUCUGCAGGUAUUCUUACAAAGUAUGGAAAGUUACAUGACUGAACAGCCACACAUCCUGUAGGUUGCAAGAUGUGUAUUUACUCAGGGGUGUAUACACUAAGCAGCAAAUUGUAGUGAAUUAGAGCGACACUGCCUCUUGUGCAGUCCCAAUGGGUGAGCGGUUAAGCUGGUCUUCUUAGGGGCUGCCAUACGUCUUUGGCUCCUGGUGACUUCAUCUGCCAGGAGUUGACCUUACUAGUGCAUGCACAAGAGUCCAAAGUGGGAUCUAUGGAUGAGUCUGCAAGGCCACAAGAUCUUCCAUAGAUAAGAUGCACAUCCAUUAAAAGGUACUAUAGACAUCUGCAGCUCAUCGGUCAAGAUGAUCAUAUCUCUUCAGCUGUCAUUACUGAUGGGGAAACAUGAAAUGGUGGAGAUGCACCUUGUCUCAUUUCAAAGACAUUCCAACACAGUUUUUCUAAAGAGCUCAAAAUUGACAAAGCCACAUUAAAAUUAUAAAAUGCAAAAUGAAGGCCAAAAUAGCUGAUCAUGAAAAAUUUCCCAGUUGUGCUAUUUUUUGCAGCUUGGCUAUCCUAGUCUGAAUUUUCUGUUUUUUGUUCUUUUUUUUUCUAUCCACUAAAUGUUGCUGUUUAAUGAAUAAACCAUGUGUUUAGGUCAUUGAUGUCCCCUUGACAUCCACUGCUACUGUGUUUAAGUGAAAACCUGUUAAUAAGUAAAUGAGAUGUAGGAGAUGGCUCUAGUCUGUUAUCAAGAGUGGAUAUUUGUCCAGUGAUAAAUAGCAAGGCAAAUUAACUUCUGGGUGUAGGUAUUUAUUGCUCUCUGUUUAAGAUUACAACAAUCUGGACUUUCCCUAAUUUGUUCUGACAAUGAUGUACUUGAAAAGUAUAAAAUUCCCAAACUGCCAGGAUCAGUAGUUAAAUUCACUGACAAAGGUUAUGUGAGUCCAGAAAAUGAAAGGGUCACUUGAACCAAAAUAAACAGUGUAGCCUACCAAGUAAUACCUGCCCCCUCUCACCUCCCCGCCCUCCCUUCCCACCAGAAAAAUGGAAAUAAAAGAGGGAAAAAAACUUAUAGCUGUUUUAGUGCUGGGAUCAACUUCUCCCUACAGUCUGAUCCUCAUCUGUAAAAAUCAUUCUCCUUUGCUGGAAGGGGGUAUAUGUCAGGGAGAGCAGGCUGAGGGGAGGAAAGUGGCAUGCCAUCAUUGGCUGUGUGUACAGAGUGUGUACAAGGACUUGUUCUGGGCUGGCUAUUUACGCUCCAAUGAUGCGCCCAUAGGUGGUGUUACACCUCCGGUAGCAGAGGAAUCUCUUUCUAUGCAGCGUUUCAUAGCAAAACACUGUGCGUACAAACUCUGGGUACCAUGACCACUUCAAUCACAUUUUUCAUGUUCCAGUAAUGACCUGAGAUGCUGUGAUGUAAUCAGACAUGUCUGACAAACAUUACCGACAAAUGAGUAUUUGUAAUGAAUUGAUCUAAGAUAACAUUAUCUCACAAGGGAAGGAUGGUACAAUAGCAUUCCUCUGUAGUACAAUCUUCGCUGUUAUUUUAUGAAUUUUGACUUUCAUUUCUAGUUUGUUCUACAGCUCGGUUUAGUUACAGUUAUUGCUUUGUAACCGUAUCAUGGGAUUUUUCAGUCACAGAUAUUAAAACAGGUGUAAAAAAUCAAUUGCUUGACCGUGUUAUCUCCAUGGCAUAAAGUGGGUAGCCGAAUAAUCUGUGCUAGAGAGCUCAGCAAGUUUUCUAAUGUUAUCGUCAUAAGACGUCACCUUUCUAAGACGUUAGGCUGUGUUAAAACUGCCCCACUUAACUGCACGUAAAACAACAUUCCUAGGAGUAGUAACAGAUGAAUGCAGUGUAGUAUGUCUCCCAAGCACACCGAAUAGGACCAGCUAGUAAUUAAAUAAAUUAAAAUAAUCUGUGCUCUGCUGCACAGCUUACUUUCUAAAUUGUUUCUAAGAAGAAGUUUCUGAAAUAGUUUUUAUAGACCCAUGGAUGCUCCCAAGACUAUCAUAACAUAUAAAGCCAAACAUCCCUAAAAUGAUCUGGUUUGGGGUUCUAGAGUCAUGUAAAUUAGGUCUCUGGUGUGAUAAAGCAUAUGUUAUCAUCUGGCAGACCAAAGCCCAACUCUUGGUUUGGUUAAAUGCCAGAAGAAAACAUUCGAUUCCCUUUUGACUGAAUCAUGUAAUCUGUAAAACCUGCUGGAAAAAGAAAAUGAUGUGAGGCUAUUUCUCUUGGUUUAAGCUUGGUCUCCAGUGUUGGACAUCAUAAUUGUACAGCACAUGGUAUGGUCGUCCCACUGUUGUGGCAGCAGUUUAGAAAAGACUCUUUCCUUCUUCAGUAUGGCAGUACACAAAGUUAGGUCUGUGCAAGGAUUUUUGCAUAAUUGUGAAAAAAAAAUGGACAAUGUCAUGGCCAAAUGAUAUUGGUUGUAGUAAAUACUACGUAUGAUAUAAAGUUCUUGAAAAACAAAUCACUGUUUCUCGUCCAAGUUUGACUGACACAAUGAGGGACCAUACUUUUGGCUGCUUGACCCGAUACAAAAACAUUUGAUUUGUUGAACCACAAGACCCUUUUCCAGUUUUUGGUAGUCCACUAGUUUAUUUUUUUAUGUUACCAAGUGCCUUCUUACUGCCAAACCUGCAACUUAAGUCUUUUCAUCACAGUUGAAAAUGAGACUGGCUGAAUUUGACCACUGUGAAACUGUCCUUGAGGCCAUCUAUCACUCUCUGUAGCGUUUCUUCUGAAUCCAUUGCCAGACCUGUUCUUGUUUGUUUUCUCCAGUUUCCAUGUGCCUAUUGAUGGUUUGGAAAUGGACACCUUGGCAUUCUUUGCAAUUUCUCUAAAAGAAAGACCUAAACUUUAAACGGUUUUAAUGGUUUGUCUUUUUUUUGUUAACAGCCUUGUUUCUUGCUGUUGUGAUUAUACUACUUCAUUCAGUACAAUACUGUUCAAAUAUUCCUGAAGAGGGUAUAGUAACGUAGAUCGUUCCAACACUGCUUUUGUACAAACAAUGGGCUUGUUCGUAAUCAAUCAAGAAAUUGUUGGGCCAUCUGUAAGAAUUGUUAAGAACUUACUUCCCUGAAAAGGUGUUUUUUUUCCUUUUUAAAUCUGAAAUGUACAUUAUUUAUUAGUUUUUAUGGUAAACUAACAUGUACCGUUUACCACCUACCCUUUUUAACUUUUCACAUUAAUCUCCAUACUUUAACUGCUUAAAUGGACACAAUCUGUAGCCAUUCUUCUGGAGUCUAGAGUAGUAUGUGGUACCGGUGUGAGGGCCAAAUAAGCUGUUUAAGCCUAGAAAUUUUGUCUAGCAUUUCUAAAGCUGUGUUGUGGGCUUAAACAUUUCAUGAGUUAUUGACCACCAAUUUUAAGCUUACAUUGGAGUAGGUAUACUAUGUGUUACAUAUUAGAGUUAAUUCAUACUAUGUGAUAAAUAGUAUGUGUACAUAUUUACCUAGUAGAGUAAAUCUAUAUUGUUCUUUAUGGGGCAGAUGUUAGUGGGCGAUACUAAAAUACAAUACUGAUUCUAUAUCGAUCUAUUUUAAAGAGGUAAUCUGGUUACUGUAUUUUCUUUCACAUAGGGAUGGUUAAUGAGGUCAGUUUCAUAGAUUCCAUCGUUCUUGGGCCCUAGGUGACCGCCUAGAGUCGUCCUAUAGUUAAUCUGUUCUGGCUUCCGACAUUGGUCCACAGCACCUUCCAAAGUGAUCUAAUACCAAACUGUUCAAUAAAAUAGGUCUAAAUCAAUAACUUUUGAUUUUGGAACUGCUAAAAAAAAAGGUCGUAGUCCAUAAAACCCAGUACUCAAGCCUCUUCUCUCCCUGUUCAUUUUUUGUUUUUAUGUGUGAAUAGGCUCCCAGCAAGCACAAGAUGGCCUACUGGCUUCAAGAAUUACAGCAGAAACGUUGGGAGUUCUGUAACAACGUUGGCAUGACUAAGCGAGACAGUGCAAUCGGUCCUGCAUCUGUGGAAGUCCCCACUGGUCUGGUUGCCAAAGAAAGCACAGGUAAGGCCUAUACGAUACACCGUAUCGGUUACUGGAUAGUGUAACAAUGGAUUAAAUCAGACUGCAAGAAAAUAUUGACGUGGCAAACGUGAUCAGGACAGGACGAGUCAUAUUACACAUGGUUAACAUUCCAGUGUAGUUUGUGGUGAGUAAAUUCAGUUAUUGCCAGAAUAAGCAGGGUAGGAAGAUCAGAAUUUGCAUGUAUAGUAGUUUAACAUUCUGUGUAUAGAUAGCUGGCAACGGAAGUUAUUCCCUAAGCGGGAGGUAUGGACACUCCAUGAGGAGAUUGUAUACAAUUCUUGCUUUGGUGAAUGAAUCACUAGAUUUAUUAUCAUAGAUUUUUGACUGCAGGUAAAUUCCAAUUACCCCGUUCAGUAGUUAGAAAUAGACACAGACUUAUAUUGAUGAUCUUUUAAGGUCUCUUCACAAAUGUGUGAAAUGUUAAGAAUUCAGAGAGACUUAUUUUUGGCCAAAGAGAAUCUAAAAGUAAAGCUGACUCGCACCGUUUUUCCAGUUUAGCUGAAAGUUUGAAAUUCACUUUGAAAUCUCGACACUUGGCUUUUUAGUAAGUAACCCUGCACGUUGGUUGAAAUUGAGGCAUUUCUGACACAGGCUACGACCACCUUCGUAAACAUACUGUGAUACAGCUGAACUUGUAUUCGGUUUACAUGCAGAAUCCCACGAUGAGGAAUUGACCUAUUUUGCAAGUUUGUGUAAACUAGGGCAAUAUGUGUGUGAGAAUGAAUCUGAAAAGAGGAAGGAAUAUUAGAUUUUUGUUUUGCCAUCUCGCUUAAUGCUACAAAUAGUCUCCCAAUGAUUGUCAUCAUAACCUAGAAAACAUAAUAUAUAAUCAUAAAAACAUUUCAUCCUAUUUCAAAGUGUUGCAUUUUUAAGACCGAUUGUUUGCUUAAAGGGACACUAUAGUCACCUGAACAACUUCAGCUUAAUGAAGCAGUUUUUGGUGUAUAGAACAUGCCACUGCAGCCUCACUGCUCAAUCCUCUGCCAUUUAGGAGUUAAAUCCCUUUGUUUAUGAACCCUAGUCACACCUCCCUGCAUGUGACUUGCACAGCCUUCCAUAAACACUUCCUGUAAAGAGAGCCCCAUUUAGGCUUUCUUUAUUGCAAGUUCUGUUUAAUUAAGAUUUUCUUAUCCCCUGCUAUGUUAAUAGCUUGCUAGACCCUGCAAGAGCCUCCUGUAUGUGAUUAAAGUUCAAUUUAGAGAUUGAGAUACAAUUAUUUAAGGUAAAUUACAUCUGUUUGAAAGUGAACCCAGUUUUUUUUUUUCAUGCAGGCUCUGUCAAUCAUAGCCAGAGGAGGUGUGGCUAGGGCUGCAUAAACAGAAACAAAGUGAUUAAACUCCUAAAUGACAGUGAACAGUGGGGGAUUUAACUCCUAAAUGACUGCUGACAGUCACAGUGGGGGAGUCUGUGCGGGUCGGGGAAUUUGACGCUGUAGUCGGGGUGGAGAGUGAGGCAGCGGCAGUCCGCCCCACUCCUCUCCCGGGUAGGCCUCAAUCUCCGAGCCCCAGAGUCUCUUACCAGGACCUAGAGCCACCCUGCAGCGGGCGUCCCAGCUACACCGGGACACUCCAGAGCCUCGUGCCAUGGACCCCCGGGUCAGUAUAAGGUGGGUAUAUACCCUAUUUUCCGUUGUUUGCUCGGGAGCCCUUGUGCUAUGCAGCCUGGCCCCGCCCCUACUUUUAUUUAUUUUUAUUUAUAUUAUAUAUAAUUUUUUUUUUUUUUUCUCAAGACAAAGAUCUGAAACUAUGUGAAUGGGAAACUAUGUUAUGUUACAGCGGGAAUAUACUCCCAGAUUGCUACCUGGCAACCUGCUGACAGUCACAGUGGGGGAGUCUGUGCGGGUCGGGGAAUUUGACGCCUUUUAAAACUGCAGUAUUUACUUAUAUAAACUGUUUUCUGAUGGUUUGUCCAUAGAUCUCAUGAGUUUCUCUGACAUGGACGAUGCUGCGGAGAGAGCUCGGAUCCAUUUUGCUGCAGCAGUGUGCCCAGGAAUACUCGGUGAGCAGAUGUCUGCAGACCAUCCCUCCAGUCAUGCAGCCCCAGUGCAAGGCCUGCUCAGGCAGUGGAGCAACGACAUCAGGUGAGGCACUGCGCAGGUCCUUCUGUGCAUUACUAGGAAUAACUGCACAGUCCUCAGAAUGGGGGCAGUUGAGUAAUCUGUAGUAAAUAUAAUCUCUGGAACAAUGUUAACGAUUACCAUAUAAUCUCCAAAUAAUAAUUGACACAUUCAUCUAAAGCGAAGCUCUUCACUUAAAGGACCACUAUAGGCACCCAGACCACUUCAGCUUAAUGAAGUGGUCUGGGUGCCAGGUCCAUCUAGGAUUAACCCUUUCUGCUGUAAAAAUAGUAGUUUCAGAGAAACUGCUAUGUUUACAGAUGGGUUAAUCCAGCUGCUAGAGGCGCUUCCGCGCUUUUCACUGUGAUUCUCAAUGCUUUUCUAUGGACUGGCUGAAUGCGCGCGCGGCUCUUGCCGCGCAUGCACAUUCAGCCGAUGAUGGCAGAAGAAGGAGGAGAUUUCCCCAGAGCCGAGGGAGCCCGGCGCUGGAAAAAAGGUAAGGGAUUAACUUCUUCCUCACCCUAGAGCCCGGCUGGAGGAGAGCCCUGAGGGUGAGGGGGACCCAAGGACCCUAUAGAGCCAGGAAAACAUUUAAGUGUGAAUUAUCAGAAAUUUAAAGUAAUUUUUUUAAAUUUUGGUUGAAGUCAAAAAGUUGGAAAAAUGUUUCAUGUUUUCAAUUUGACUAUUUGGGCCUACAAUUUUACAUUAACUAUGAAUACCCAAAAAGUCAUACUUUUAGUUCUUACCCAAGACAGAGUUGUUCCAAGAAAAAAUUCAGAUUGAGCAGCUGAAAGUGAAUAGAUAUGCUUUUGAGAUUUACAUGAAAAAUAAAUAAUAAAAAUAGGUGCCUAGGCUAUUUUUCAUUCUCCUUCAUAGAAAAUCCAGCUUUAUUUGAAAUUUAUACUAACGUGUUCCGUAGUGGGUAGGAUAUUGACUUUUGUUGGUUACUGUGUUAACGAGAUACAGUUUUUAGUUUUUGUUAAUGUGUAUGUGCUUGAUUGUCUGUUUAAGCCAUUGACCUUGCUGGGCUAUCUUACAUGAUUUAGGUCUUAUUAUAAGAUUUCUGUAACGGAAACAGGGUAGAUUGAUCCCCAGCUUGGGACCCAGAUUUGUCCCAUUACGUAGUCUGUUUCUUCUCCACUGGCAGCAGAGACUACCACCACAUUUGGUUAGGAUAAAGUCUUGUCCUCUACCCACUAAAUAGGCAGUUAUCACUUCAUCUGACCACCCCUGGCACCGUCUUUACAAAGAUGCUUUUGGCUUGCAGGUCCAAGUGAUUAAACUUUUAGGACAUAUAGUCUGUCACCAUGCCCCCCAAAUAACAGAUCCUACUUUAUUCGCCACAAAGACUAACCUCCAAGAAUCAUUCAAAUUGUGGUGACCCAUACAAACAGAUGCAAAUACAUGCAAAUUCCCUAGCUUAAACAUUCUCACAAUAACAGAAAUAGAGAAGGACCUCAAUGGCAGUGACACACUCAGAAUUUCACAAUUUUUUCUCAGUUAAAGAAACACUUGUUGCAUAAAUCAGGGGAAAAUAAAUAUAGAAACACAUAUUAAGUAUAUUUACCCCCAAUAAAAAAACAUGCAUUAAUUAAGUUAUGCGCAUCAUGUAUGUGUGUGUGCGUAUAUCUAAAAACAGCUUGCAUUUUUCCCAGCAGGCAUCUCAUUGAGAAGACUCUUUGCAGGAUCCCUGAAUGCACAUAAACUUUCUAAUGCUUCUCGGUGAGUUGUAGUACAGCUCAUUGAGAAGAUGGGAAGGCAGGUGCUGACACUUCUGUUUGCUCUUUGGAGUGAACGGAAAGGGGAAAAAAAACCUCCCUGACUGUCUUGUUGACAGCCAGGGAGGUGUUCGUGCCCAAUUAUAAGAAUGCAGAUUUCUAUUAAAAUGGGUACUUUCAUAAACUGUCACAAGUUUGACAGACUUCAGACACACAAAGCAUUUCAGCAAGCUGCAGUGUUUGUUAAAAGUUAGGAGUUGUCUGUCCUGUAAUGCACUUGAGUUGCUUGAGCCAUUACAUGAUAAAUUUACUUGCGUGUUUAGACUCAUUUUGCAAUGACACACAUAGGUUCUUUAAAUCAAAACUCUACAAAACCCAGAUCGCGAUGGCGACUAGGAAGUUUGUACUGGCACCUGGGUAUUUGUUAGCCAAUUCCAUCUGGGGGGGCCUUCUCAGGGGUGGGGGGGGGAGUAGACAGGAAGGCAGCUGGCUGAGGAAGAAUCGAGUCAGGCAGAAAAGUAGCUGUGUUCUUCUUUCUGUGCUCCCUCCCUGUGUGUGUUUGUCAGUAUGUGUGUGUUAGUGUGUGUCUGUCAGUGCGUGUGUGUGUCUGUCAGUGCGUGUGUGUUUAGGUGACUGGCCCCCCUCCAUUCCCAUGGAAUAGUGUGUUUACGCAACCUUUUUCCCACACCAUGCCGGACUCGUCGUGGUGGGCCCCACCUCCAUGGCUGAGAUAAUAAAGCCUGAUGAUCUCAGGCAAUCCAAUGCUUCCCUAUAGGAAAACCUUGGGAAACUAUUGCGCAUGCGCACCAAAAUGCUGCACCUGUCAGUAUCACCUCAUACACACAUUGAAUCAAUGCAUCUCUAUGGGGAACAUUCAGCGCCUCCAUGCAGAGCGUGAAGUUAGAAAACCUAUGAAGGCCCGCUCUUAUUCUCAAUAUGCAACUGUGACUGCAGAUGUUGUGAUGUUUUAAUGUCACAACAGAGUUUUGAAACAUGUUGAGAAUGACUUAGAAAACAAAACACUUGUGUAGAUUCUCAGUCAAGGGUUUCCUUCCUUUUUUGGAGGAACUGUCAGAAUUUUCUGCUGGCUACUGAUAGUGAGAAUAACUGAGAUCUAUCUCACACAGAAUCUGAUAAUGGCACAUUUUUACACUUCAGACUGCUAUACACUGCAGUAACCAUUGGCUGCUGUGAUGAAAUUUGUAGUGAACACCUGCUCUGGUAGCAGAUAUACCCACUGCAUGUGCACGCUUACAAAUUAAUUCUUAAUCAAAAAAUUUUACUUUUUUUUUUUUUAAAACCAGCAAACGCUUAAAAUAUAUAUACAAAAAUAAAGCAAAAACACUUUGAAAACUAUGUAGCAAAUGUUUAUAAACUUACUAUAAACUUGGUCAGAUUGCAUUGUUGGGCAUGAUUCUCAACAAAGGGAGCAUCACCACCCCACCUUUUAUUCACCCGUCACAAUUUCAGACCAGUCUACUAUUAAUAUCAGAAACUGGGCAUAAUUGUGCAACAGCAGGAGAGAGAAACCCCGCACUUUAACCUGCUCUGCAUGAAUCAAACUUCCUCUCUUCUCCCUCUGUCAGUAUGUUACAAGGUGAAAAGAUCUUCCAACGACACAUGUAUAAAUGUGUCAGGCAUGCCCAAUGCACUUUUCCAGCAUUCCUAGGGAUAGGAAACUGAUUGGUUAGAUCAGUAUCCCAUCGUAGUGGGUGUGGAAAAAAGAAGCAGAUACAUUUUGGUGACCGGCAGAGUGAGGCAACUGUCUCGCUCAAAGCUAAAGCUUUUGACUGAGACAACUGUCUCAAAGUCAUGCAUAUCUCAUUAAUGUAUCCCUCCAGGUAAAACAUUUCAUAAGUAAAACAAAUGCUUUUCAUUAACUGGCCUUCGCAAAUUUAGAAACAUUAUUUGUGUGUGUGUGUGUUUUAUAUGUAUAUAAAAUAAAUUCUAUACACUUUUUGUUGUUUGUAGAAUUUCAAUGCAAAAUCUCAGGCCAGGCAAAAGCAGCAACGAACAGAGAAAGAGUGUAUUCUACACCAAUGAGGAGUGGGAGCUGCUAAACCCCACCUCCAAGGACUUGGAGGAAUGCCUACUGCAGGAGGAAAGACGGAAACAUCAGGGAGACGGAGGCAAAGGGACCACAGGUGUGGAGGCCAGUUUCCUUGAUUGCUUUUUGUUUGUGUUAAAUGACAUGAAAAGGCAAAUUCUGUGAUUAACCCCUUAAGGACCAACUUCUGGAAUAAAAGGGAAUCAUGACAUGUCACACAUGUCAUGUGUCCUUAAGGGGUUAAACUAAAACUAUUCAAUAAGAUCAUUUCAUGAAUUUACUUUUGGAAAAUUGAACUGAGAAUAUUUCUCAAGUCAAUCAUGUUUCCAGCUCAAACGUUUUGGUUUUAGGUUAGUCCGAGCACCACUGCCAUUUCAGUGAUUUAAAGUGGUCAUGGUGCUUGGAGUCUGUUUCAGUAAGACAUGUUGAUCAUACAGUGCUAUGUCGUGUUGCUCCAUCUCUGGCAGUGUCAUUAGCUAAUAUCAAUUCUGGGCUUAAAAAGCUUCCGUUGUCCGCACAUAGCAUGCUGGACUUGGGCAACCAUGAGAGUAUGGCUUCCGCUUCCAUGAUACUGUAAGUCCUCCCUAAGCCUUUAUAGUUUUUUUUUUUUUUUUUUUUUAGGGGUAAAGCAUGCCAGCAAGGGUUUCUCCAUUCAAAACCAGUUUUGUUUUUUGUUUUUUUUGUUUGUUUGUUUUUAAGUAUCCCUAUAAAAGUGCAAUUCCACUGCAUUCCCAACAAUUCCUGGUUUGUUUGUUUUUUGCAAAUUAUUUUUGAAUUGACAUUUGAUUGCAAGGUGCUCCCAGCCUCCACUACUGACAACAGGUAGCAGGGUUCUUCCAUUAGCUCUCCUGAGCAAAGCCCGGUCAACUGAUCGCUCUCAGCCAAUGAGCUAACCCUGCAUUGGGGUCUGCUCAGACAGAGCACAUCAAACAGGGGCGGAUCCAGAACCCAAUCUCGGAAGAAUUCAGAUACAAUAACCACUACAGCUCACUGGUUAUGGUGCCAGGAGUGUCCCAGAAUAAGUAGUCAAACCGUUUAAAGGGGUUUAAAGGGACAGCCAAAGCCACAUCCUAGCUGUGACUCAUGGUCUCCCUACACACUUGCUAAAAAAAAUUAUGUUGAUUCUCUUAUUGCACACCCUGUUUAAUUUAGAAUUUAUUAUUUCCACCUCUGUUAAUGGCAUGCUUGAGCUCGCAACUUUCUCCUGUGUGUGAUUAAGAUCAAAUAACAGAGCAGGAGAUCAUUUUGAGGCAAUUGUUUUUUAAGAACUACAUUCACAGGUAAAGAUAUUCUAUAUCCUGAUGGUAAAAAAGAAACUCUUGAACAGUUAGGUUUGACGUUUGUCGUGGUAUAGUGAAAUAAACAGGUGGCCUGUAACUUUUAUGUUGAGUUGCUCAGUGUUUUAACUCUUCAGUCUUUCUCGCUUCUCAACGUGUUGGUUCUGUUUGAUCACCAUCAGGAUCUGUAUUGCCCUCGAAAAUAAAACGUCCCUUGCGAGAUAUGAUCAAUGUGAGCAGAAACCGGUGCAGCACAGAAAGCCUUGCUCUCGAGCCUUCGUCUGAUGCCAAUUCUCAAUCAACACUUCAGGCUCAAGAUGAGGAAGUGGAAAAACUAAGGAAGGAAUUGAACAGCCAAAAGGUUAGACACUGACAGGUCACAUUACUAAAGACACAAUUAAUGUUCUAGAUUGUCCGUAUAGUGAAUAACAAUUAAAGAGCAGAAGAACUAAGUAAACCAUUUCAGUCGUUGUCUGUCUUUUCAGCAAAUUGACAAUUUGGUUUUCUAACCUCUCCGUUACUGGAAAAUGUGGAGUAUUGACAAAAGAAGAAAAAAACUUUUGGGCUAAAACAGUAAAAAAAAAUGGGAAAAAUCUCCAGCUUGUUUUUUGGCUCUCUUGUCUGCUCUCCACAUUAUUCUGGUAUGGUGAAUAACUAACCGCCACGUGCUCUAUAUAGUUAGCUGUGGUUAGCUACUCGAGAGACCCUACCCUAUCCUGAGAACUGUAAACGUAGCUCUAUAUGCAGACAUUUCCUGAGUAGCUCACCGCAUAUGCUCGGCUCUCCAGCUCUGUCAAUAGGUUGAUAGAGCAGCCAUGCUGUGGAUAAGCUCAUAAUAGCUGUUGUAUAUUUGAUUAUCCCUUUAUGGUACAGGUCCACCCAUCAGUUCUGAUGAGUGAAACUGCAACAAGGGGAUUAACUAAAUAUCUUAUAGAUGGAUAGGGGCUAGUAAAAUUAGAAAACUAAAAAAACAUAGUCAAGGAUAAGACUCCACCAGUCAGAAGUCUCUCGUUCUGGAAUGUCCUGGAUAGACCAUAAAGGGUGAAUUGAUGGAAAUUUAAAGUAAUUUAAAUUUAGGCCAAAAUAGAAAAUUUGCAAUAUUACUUUUUGGGAGAUUUAUUUUUUUCAGUUUUGCUAUUGUAGCCUGAAUGGGAAUUUCCCUUUAUAUAUACACAACAAUGCACAAUUUAGUGAACACCUCAGUAAUUUAGUUUAGAUUAAUGUUUGGUGCAGGCCAUGACUGGAAACUAGAGUUCAUUUCAGAAGCACAGAGAAAGCCCAGUGAUGUCUGGGAAGCUACAAUUGGAGGUGGGGGCGAGAAUAGCUCAGGGGGAAAAGGUCACUGGCGAGGUGUAUUAAACUUCACACCUCCUAAACCAUUUUCUCACCUUGAACAGCUAUUGCAACAAUAUGUCUCUGUUUUCACAUCCUGUGUUGCUGUGUUUUUUGUUUUUUUUUCUUCUUCUUCACAGUCCAUGCAUUGCUGUAUUGCACAGUCCAUGCAGCUGUCUUUUGUCUCUUGCAUUCUAAUAUCCAGUGUAGUUAUCUGUUUAAGUAGUCUGUAGGUAGUCGGUACUCUUAGGUUAGCUUGAAUGAUGGGUGUGUGACAUUCAUAUUACUUCAAUGCAGGUAUUGUUGAUUUCUGCCAUAGAAGGCGGUUUGGUGUUUUCUGGCUGAUGUUGAACAGCAGCUCACAUGAUGCUCAGCCACAUGUUGCCUGGGAAACAUAUCAGAUAUUGCUCAGCAUUAUCGGGAAGGGUUUUUAUUUUGUGUUAUGUAGUGAUGGCAAACCAUUUCUGGACCACGGCACAUGGCAAUGACCGCUUUCCAAGACACACCUUCUCUGUUUAUUUUGACCUUCAUCAGUAGUUAUAAAUCUCACAUUUACUCUAAACUUAAUUAUACAUACUUAUAGCCAGGGGCGGAACUAGGAAUCACAGGGCCCUGGUGCAAGAAUCAGAGAAGGGCCCUCUCUAUACUCUCACUGAUAUACAUACUGUUUAUAUGGUGCACACGCUGUUUAACCAACACACUUUCACUGACAGACGCACACUCAUAAACACCCACUGACAGACACACUCUUUGACACUCAAUGACACACAUACACUCUCACUCACACACGCGCUCUCUCACAAACACUCUCUCACUGAUUUGACACACACUCUCACCAAUUUGACAUUUAUGAUAUUCAACUCACUGAUCUAAAGUACAAAAAUAAGUGGGAAGUGUAUUUGUAUUUUAUAUUUUCUGCUUCAGUUGGUCAUCAUUGGCACAGGGGAUAGUUGCAGUAUUAUCAAAUAGUGCCAAUUAGACCUCAUAUAAUUUUUUUUUCUUAUACUCUCACUGAUACUAGCACACUCACAUAUUUACACAUUCUUGCACACACUUACAUUUUUAUUGAUUAUAGGUUUAGUUUAUUUAAAAUAAAUGUCAGUGUUUAAAGUUGGAUUCUUAUUUGGCAGUUAAUUAAAACAAAUUUCACCUGGGCUAUAAGCAGUGUCAGAAUUACAGGUGUCGCUGAGGCCCAUCCAGCCUCCUUACGUUUGGGGGGGACUGGUGUGGGUUCUCUCCAUGGGUUCUCUCCAUGGGUCCAGUGGGGAAUACAGCCCUUUCUCACUGCCUGCCACACCUCACCUCCCCUGUAUAUUUCCUUCCAGGUCAGCACGGGCCUACUUUGCCUUCGUGAAUAACUGCCCCCCAGGCUGUGGGGAGGACCCGAUUUAUUAACACCCUGUGUCAUUUUUUAAAGCCCUCCUUUUGUCGGACUGUAUUGCAUGCACUUCAUUGGAAAGGGGUUAACAUUCUAUACCAGGCUUCUCAAACUCUGGCCACCAAGAUGUUGUUGAACUAAAACUCAAUAGAUAGGUAGAGAAUCAUGGGAUUUGUAGUCCAGCAACAUCUGGGGAGCCAAAGUAUGAUAUACAUGCUCCACACUAAUAGUGCUCCUUUAACAUUACUGAGAAGUGUGUUUGUCCAAUAUUUAAAAGAAUAAACUACCACAACAAGAGGACAUAGUCUUAAAUUAGAUUGGCAAAGGUUUAAAAAUAAUAUCAGGAAGUAUUACUUUACUGAGAGGGUAGUGGAUGCAUGGAAUAGUCUUCCAGCUGAAGUGGUAGAGGUUAACACAGUGAAGGAGUUUAAGCAUGCGUGGGAUAUGCAUAAGGCUAUCUUAUAUAUAAGAUAAGGACAGGGACUAAUGAGAGUAUUUAGAAAAUUGGGCAGACUAGAUGGGCCGAAUGGUUCUUAUCUGCCGCCACAUUCUAUGUUUCUAUGUCCUGAUGUUCCGCAAGAGCUGAAGGGCCAAAAGUUAAGCAGAACUAAACUAGGGCCUCGAUCAGGGGUGUCUAACUGUGGAAUUCUGACUGUUUAUGGACUACAGCUGCUCUAAUGCCCUGACAAAGCUAUGGAUUAUUGGAUAUGUUUGGGGGAUAUAGUUCAUAAAAAGCUUAGCAACAGCAGUUUGACAUUGCUAGCCUAGAGCCAGUGACAAGAUGCUCUACUGAAGAAAUAUGUCAUUCUCUUCAUUAAAUUAACCUCUUAAAGCAGGGGUGGCAGGAAGGUUUUUAAAUCUUGGCAAAGUAUCGUAAAGCACCACUUUUGUUGUACACUGGCCGCAAAGUGUAUUUAUCAUACCUCAAAAAGAUUAGCAGGGCACACCUUAAAAAUUUCCUUUCAAAAUCCUGACGACCAGCAAAGAAGCAGUUAAUGUUUAAUUUAUAUUUAUCAUACCUCAAAAAGCAAAAUCCCAGGUUUACUCAGAACAAGAUUAGCAGGGCACACCUUAAAAUUUCCUUUCAAAAUCCUGACGACCAGCAAAGAAGCAGUUAAUGUUUAAUUAAAUGAUAUCUUGAAAUAAGAAAUAAAGUGACCACUUUUUAAUUUUUUUAUUUUUAUUUGAAUAGUUCAAGAUUUCUGAUAACGGCAUAUUAGGCCGUCAGCCAUCAAAGAAUUCUUGUUUUUCCUGCCGACUUUGUUCAAGGCAGUUUUUGUAAUAAAUACUGCAUAUGCAAACAGUUUUUGAACUAGAAAACCCUUGACAUUGCUUAGAUCUCUACUUGCACAGAAUUUUACAAGCAUGGAGGCCUUAAAACACCAAAAAAAACUGACUAAUGCAUCGAAUAUGUUAACUGUGUCCAAGUCUUCUGUGCAUGAUACAAAACAUACAGAUAGAUUCACUUUUGAUGCAAGAUGGCUAUUCCCAGGGACAUAUAUUACAUUGUGAAUAAUAGGAAAGGGUAAACGUGAACUGUUACUGGUUUUCUAAAAGUAAUAAUGUUCUGUCUUUUAAUAGUGAUAGUUCGUCCUUAACACUAUGCCUUUGCUCACUGCAAGUUUAGUGUUAAAGCUGCACAUGACCCUCACAAUUUAGGAAACGUGAGCUGGAGAGGAGUCUUGUGAUCUCGGCUCCGACCCAACGGAAAUUACAUCUGUUAAUCAUUGCGUUUUCUGGGAUUUCACAGAGUUACUGCAUCUGGAUGUAACUUUUUCCAUCUGGAUACUAUAAAUAACUACUUAAAUCACGUGAACGGUGUUUAAAUUGGCUUCCUUAUGGAUGUCUGCUUACUUACAGGGCUAUUAUACUAUGGUAGCUGAGGUCGGUUUAAAAUGGGUUAAUCCAAGUUGACUUGCUCCCAGCAUGCUCAGCUGAGAUGGGAAUGCAGCUGUCUAUGGGUUAAUUCAGGACUGGAGAUAUGUCCAUCUGUAGCUGUCUGGGCUCCCACUCCCAGCAUCCUCGGUGCAGAUAGGGUGUAUAGUUAUUAAUAGGUGUUCACUAAAACACCCCCUAUAGGUUAACUCAAGUUUGGGAAAUGGUUCCUCAUUAUCCUUUUCCAGGCUUUUUCAUAAGCCAUGGUGUUGCAGCUAGCCUAUUUAAAUUAUCUCGCCCUACAGCAUGAAUGACUCAUAACAAUAUACAGAGAAGUGAUGAUGAAUGGUAUUGAGCCAAAAUGUCUAGUCAGCUUCAGAAAUCAGAUAAUAACUCUGAGAACGACCAGACCUUUAUUUCAUUCACCCUCUCCUCAUUUCACCCACUGUCCCUUUUUGUUAUUUCAUUCAGCACUCUCCUUUUACAUUCCUCUAAUCCUCAUCCCCGUCUCAGCUUCUUCACCUUCAUCACCAUGGCCUCUACUGAAGCUUUCUAUUUUAUCCUUUUUUCAAUUCCUUAAUUGCUAUUUCCUUUAUCGUCAUCUUCAUUUUCUCUAUGUCCCAAAGUCAUCAAGAUCAAUUCUUUCUCCAACUGAAACCUAGUUCCUACUGGUUCUCUCAAGAAACUCCACUCUCGAUCACCACUAGACAGCCUUUCCAGCCUUUUCUGUCUGCAUCCUUUUCGAAGUCUAGUUGUUCUUUACUCUCCCUAUGAUUCUCCUACACCUCACCAUAUGAGUAAUCUGUCCACCAUACUCCUUUCAUUAAAGCUCUAUCUCAUCCCAUUGUUCCAUACCAACUUUUGUUGUUCAUCCAUUAAUAUGUUAUUCCACCUGUGCUCUCUCUCCCCCUCCCAUUCCCAGUCUCUGCCCAGGAGUUCACGUGUUCUUAUUGGUGAAGGCUGUGGAAUGCAUUAAAUCAGGUUUCAAGGAUUGAUGGUACAGUCUACUGGUGGCACAUGCCAUGGAGCUCACCAUGUACAUCUAAAAUGUCCGUAACCUUUAUUUUUAGUCCGGAUACAAAUCUGUUCAUUGAAUGUACAGAGGAGGGAGGUGGUUUGACAUCUUUACUAUUCUGGCACUUAAUGGAUUACAAGACUUGCAUAUGUAUGUUGCCCUUAUCAGAAGAACAGUUAGUCACCUCUUCAGAAUGACUAACCUAGAAUGAACCAUCCAUAUACAAGUCCAGCUUCCAGCUUUGUUUAUGGACUGUUGAGUAACCAUUGCCUUUUAUUGUUCCUACAGGAGCUUGUGAGGAUAUUGCAGCAAUCACUGAGGUCAUCACAGUAUGAUAAAUAUUUUGCCAGUCCUUUCUGUGAUGGGAUCGCAAAAGAACACCUGCACUUAUUACAGAAAAAAGACACUCAACUGCAGGAGUUUAGUCACCUUCUGGAGAAACAAACCCAGGAAAAGGACAAACUUUACCAGGAGGUUGAUACCCUCCAGAUGAGCAUUACGGACUUAAAAGAACAACUUAGCAUGAUGAUGGAGACCAUCCAGGCCAAAGAUGAGGUCAUCAUGAGGUUGUCCAGGCAGCUUAGUGACUAUGAGCAGCACUCUCCCACAUCCAAUGUGGCCCCUGAAUGUACAGAUGCUUAUGAACUGACACGGCUACAAGUAAGUGACCAAGUCUGUGUGUGAUAAGAUGAUAGAAAUAUUUAUAUACAUAUGAAAUUCAGUUUUAAAUACAUUUUCUGUGUAAAACAGUGCAAUGAACAGGGAAAGUAUAUGGGUUCACUAAAGCAUCUGCAGACUCUGACAGUCGUGUACACAGUAUAGCACAGAUAACUGGUGUUAGCCAGGUGGCUGUACUUACUGUAUGUGAACAUGCACACAUGAAGAGACUUUAACAUUCUGGUGAAUUUAUAGCUAGCGGCCUUCCCACAAAUGUCACUCAGUUCCUUCCCAUUAGCAAGGUUUCUGGUCAUAACCAUUUCUUUUGUUUUUGUAAACACUGUGGCAGUGUUUUUUUUUUUUUUUGUUUUUUUUUGGGGUUGUUUUUUUUUUUUUAAACAUGCUGGCUGUACAUACAUGUCAAGAAGGAACAUGAAUAAAUGUAUAUAAAUAUUUUUAACAUGUUUGGAAACUUUUCUCUUUUUUUUUUUUUUCACGUUUUCCACUCUGCAAGUUUCUUAGAUCAUGAUGGAACUUGUACAGUUGAACAUAUUCUCAUUCUCCUUGUGUAAAUGAGUUUUUGCACACUAUGGCAUUAACAAGUCCAGACUUUACAGAUAGCACGUGAUUUCCAGCAAUGCUUCGAAAACUGGUGUCUUUAGAGAGCAAGUGAAGGUGUCUGCAAAAGGCUGUCAACACUGGCAGGGGUGUGCAGACUGCUUAAACAAAUAAUAAACACACGAUUGAGAGAACUGUAUUAAUUAUUAUUUUGCUGUAUUGAAUGACUGCCAUCUUUGUAUGAUUCAUAGAUAGGAAGCAGGUUCCUCGUCCACCUAUUAUUCCUGUAACAAUUUUUAAUAGUCUCAACUAUUGUAAUAUUGUAAAUCACUGAGGGAUUAGUUGGCACUAUAUAAAUUAUAAUAAUAAAUACUCCUUUUUUGGGGGGGUUCCCUUAGGGGAGUAAAGUAAAGGCUGUCAGAUUUAGAAAUUAUUUUGUUAUGCCGAUUUUUUUUUUUUUACUGAGAAACCAUAUAUAGAUUUAUUAUGUGAAAAUAUAAAUGAAUAUUAUUCUAGCUUUAGUGUACCUAUAAACUUUUAUUUUAGUAAUGACAGGAGGUGAAUAUUUUGCCUAACUCCCUAUACUAAACUCCAACAGCAGUUCAAAUCAUACGGAGUACAUCAACCAAUCAAAAACAAGUAGGAGGAAAUAUAAGUCCUUGUUCCCAGAAGCACAUCCUCUUUCUUUGGUGUUCCAAGGUUGUAAUCAACAAAUUCAACAAUUGGGAACAGCCUUAAAUUAGAAACCAGCCAAUCCCAUCACAUAGCUGAAACUGGAAACUCCAGACUCAUAGGAACAGGAUAUCAAGUGAAAAUAUGUGAAAGGUAUCUCAAAAUGGACCAUAAUCUAAAUCACAAGCAUAGGAGCAAUACAUCACAUAUUAACAAUGCAAGUAAGAGAUCACCAUCACAAAAAAUCUCAAUAUAUAGGAAAUAUGGCAAAACACAUGCACAGAAGCAUAUGGUACAAAAGCCAUAGCAAGAAAUAGAUAGCGUGCGUAAAAUGACCAACAACCGAAUGUACAUGUCUACCAUAAAAUGAGGAAAAACCUAAACACAGCUAAAGAAAACAGCCCAACUGAGGGAGUGUGGGAGCACAAAUAUUUGCCUCUGGUCAUUGCUAGAUUUAAGAUUACAGGUACAUUACAGCUUGACACACACGCAAAUUCACAGUAAUGCUUAGUGUGAGCUACAGGAGAACAAAACUGCAAAGAAAGAGGAGGUGCUUCUGGUUACAAGAUCUUAUAUUAUCUCCUCUUUAUGAUAUGUGCAACUGUUGGAGUUUAGUAAAGAGAGUUAAAGGACCACUCUAGGCACUCAGACCACUUCAGCUCAAUGAAGUGGUCUGGGUGCCAGGUCCCCCAGGUUUUAACCCUGCAGCUGAAACUGCCAUGUUUACAUUGAGGGUUAAUCCAGCCUCUAGUGGCUGUCUCCUUCCGCGAUCCUCAAUGUGAAAAUCGCAUUGAACUCACGCUGGACGUCCAUAGGAAAGCAUUGAGUAAUGCUUUCCUGUGGGUGGUUUGAAUGCACGCUGACGUUGGCGUGGAGAGGAAAGGUCACCAGCGCAGAGGGAGCCCGGCACUGGAUUAAAGGAAGUUGUUGAAGGGGUUUUUUAACCCCUUCAGCCCAGCGGGAAGGGGGAACCUAAUAACCAUAUAAUGCCAGGGAAAAGAGUUUGUUUUCCUGGCUCGAUAGUGCUCCUUUAAGGAAAAUAUUUGCCUCGUUUUGUUGUAAAAUAAUAACAUUGCUUGAGGAUAAAAAACAAAACACAAGUUUUGACUCUGAAAUCAUCUUAAACCAGUUUUUAAGACAAAAUUACAAUAUGGGUUUAUUCACUAAAUUGGGAGUUGAGAAAAAUUGACAACAGAAUUUCAGAUUUUAGAUCAACAUAACUGAAUUAGAAUAAUGGCUGGUUUGAUAUAUUUUUUUUUUUCUCCUUUUGUAUUGUUUGGACUACACAGUUAGUUACCUUGGUAAUUCUCCACAAACUCUUUUGUAGUGUAUAAAAUCAAAUCAUGUCACCUUGUAUUUUACAGCGCGUUGAUGGAUUUAUUUCAGAUCUAUUUGCUAUUACAGAAAUGUGAUUCAGCGAGGCAGUUUGUUUGAAUAUGCCUUUUAAAUGUAGCUCUGUAUUCAGCAUUCCUUGAGUAAAGAACAAACUGUGGAGUUCUACUUGGCCUUUCAUCUGGAACCCUGCUUCUAACGGUUAAUUAACACCAAAUAGUGUGAAAUUGCAAUUAAAAAACAAAUUUUAAAAUGUUGGCAAAGUGGGCUGAUUUGGAAAAGUUCUGUAAAUCGGCGAUGUUAACAGCGUCAACAACCUCAAAUGCCCUGAUGCCUCCCAUCUGCUCUCUGUAACCUCCUCCUUUGACCUCACGCAGUUGUCUACUUUAGUAACUCAUACAGCAGAAAACACUCUUGACCACAUCUUCACCAAUCUCUGUACCACCUCUAAUCUCUCCACUGUUCCAUUUCCUUUGUCUGACAACCAUCUGCUAACAUUUGACAUCAGCAUACCCCGCACCCAAAUCUCACCACCCUCAACUCUCCAAUCUCGCAGAAACCUCAACUGCCUUGUUCUCCAGCAUUUCUCCACCAAACUCCAAACUCACCUUUUUCCCAUCUCAAAUCUAACUUGCCCUAACUCUGCAACCUCACUCUACAACUCAGCUCUCUCCUCUCAACUCAACAUCAUGGCACCUCCUACAAUUAAACGCAGCAAGCGCCCCCAAUUACAACCCUGGCACACCAAGCUGACCCGUUACCUCCAAAAAUGUUCUAGAACUGCUGAACGCUGCUGGAGAUAGUCUCACUUUGCAUAUGACUUCCUCCACUAUAAAUUUAUGCUGCGCUCCUACAGCCUGGCUCUUUCUGCUGCAAAAGUAAAUUACUUUAACACCCGCAUAAGUACACUGUCCCAUCAACCCAAACACCUAGUUCACACUUUUGAUGCUCUUCUUUGCUCUUUUACUUCCCCUCCUUCUACCACCUUGUCCGCCACAAACUUUGCAUCUCAAUUCACUGAGAAGAUCUCUACAAUCAGAGAAGAGAUCGCUAAUUUCUCUCCUUCCCCUACCAAUACAUCGCCCAACCCCACUCCCUCCACCAUUCUACACUCAUUCGCACCUGCUACAGCAGAAGAGGUUUCUGCUCUGCUCCGGUCCUCCCGCCCCCCCCCACCUGUUCACUCGAUGGUAUUCCCUCAUAUCUCGUCCGCACUUUGUCUCCCUGCCUUGCUCUUCUUCUCACAAAAAUUUUCAAUCUCUCCCUUUCCUCUGGCACAUUUCCCUCACCCUUCAAACAUGCAACUGUAACCCCAAUUCUGAAAACCCAGCCUUGACCCCAACUCCCCAUCCAACUACCACCCUAUCUCGCUACUGCCAUUUGCCUCCAAGAUCCUCGAGAGAGUUGUGUACACCAGACUGACUGACUUUCUCGAAUCCAACUCUCUGCUUGACCCCCUUUAGUCUGGAUUCCACACUGGUCAUUCUGUCGAAACCGCUAUGACCAAAGUAUGCAAUAAUUUAAUUGCUGCUAAAUCUCAAGGCCAUUACUACAUCCUAAUUCUCCUUGAUCUUUCUGCUGCCUUUGACACUGUUGAUCAUCAACAGCUUCUUCACAUUCUCCGUAAUUUUGGUCUACAGGAUACUGCUCUCUCCUGGUGCUCCUCCCACCUCUCCCAGCGCUCUUUGAGUGUUCCUUUCUCAGACUCUGCCUCUUCCCCAACAACUCUGUCGGCAUCCCCCAAGGUUCUGUCCUUGAUCCCCUACUGUUCUCUAUCUAUACUGCCUUCCUUGGUAAACUCAUCAGCUCCUUUGGCUUCCGUUAUCAUUUCUCUGUGGAUGGCACGCAAAUCUACCUGUCCUCUCCUGAUCUCUCUCCGCCCAUCUUGACUCGUGUCUCUGACUGCCUCUCUUCGAUUUCCAGCUGGAUGGCUGCUUACUUCCUUAAACUCAACCUGUCCAAAACAGAACUUCUGGUCUUUCCUCCCUCAAGUGUUACUACUCCCGUUUCUGUCUCCCUCCAAGUCAACGGCGCUACCAUCACCUCUACCUCACAGGCUCGCUGCCUGGGUGUUCUUUUUGACUCCAACCUCUCCUUCACCUCUCAUGUCCAAUCAAUCGCCAAAUCCUGUCGCUUCCAUCUCAAAAUAUAGCGCGCAUACGCCACUAUUUAACCCCGGAUGCGGCUACGGUGCUGGUCCAUGCUCUUGUUCUCUCUCGCCUUGACUACUGCAAUACCCAUGCCUCCCCACUCUGCCAGUCCCUGCAUUGGCUUCCAGUUAGAUAUAGGGCUUAAUUUAGAAUUCUGGUGCUUGCUUACAAGUCCCUACAUAAUGCUGCUCCAACAUACCUAUCCUCCCUAAUACACAAGUAUGACCCGUCGAGGCCCCAACGCUCUGUCAAAGACCUACGUUUAUCCUCUGUCCUUACUCCCACCUCUAAUGCUUGCCUCUAAGAUUUCUCCAGGGCUGCACCUCUUCUGCGGAACACCCUUCCCUUAUCCGAAAGACUUUCACCAAGUCUCCACUCAUUCAAAAAAUCAUUGAAAACUCACUUCAAGAAAGCAUAUCAAUUAAACUGUUAGCAGUUUUUUUUAUCCCCCACCCCCCAUGACUCCUCUCCUGCAAAAAUCUCUUACUAAGCCCUCAGUGAAUACUUUUCUAACAACCUACUUUUACCCUUUGUGUCACUAUUUAGCACACAUGCACGAUGUCUAGAAUGUAAGCUCAUUGAGCAGGGCCCUCCACCUCUCUGUUCCUGUACGUCCAGUUGUCUGGUUAUAAUUACGUGUCUGUUAGUCCACCCAUUGUACAGCGCUACGGAAUCUGAUGGCGCUAUAUAAAUAAUAAAAUAAUAAUUACAAUUUGCUGUUUAGUGAAUAAAUCCCAUCGUGCAUGUGUGCUAAAUGUACAGAUCAGCUCUUGGAAGAGGCUUGGCAGAGAGUGAAUGUGUCAGUGAAUGUAUAUGGAAUGUUUUAAGCAAUAACAAGUGUUGGAGGACAUUAAGUACAAUGAAUCAGAGCAUGUUAAGAUUGUGUUGGCCUCAGAAAAAAGGCUGAUCCAGGGUUAUUUUAUCUGAGUAGUUAAAUGCCUUGGCUGUGUGACAGAGGUUUAACAUCUUUAUUGAAUGCAGAAUAGUCUGCCAGACAUGGGAACUUAAAUGGAAAUCCUUGUACUUUAUAUUUUUGUUAAAAGGACAGUCUACCUUCAGUUUGUUUUACUUCCGACACAAUGUUCACUGGAUACCCCAUCCAUAGUAGACAGGUUAACCCCAGGGAGAAACUUAACUUAAUAGCUUUUCUAUUUUUUUUUUUCUUUUCCAUUCCAUUUUCUUGCUUUUCCUGUGUGGCAUUUUCCAUAUUUUAUUUUUUUGCACAAUAGAAAUGUGUUUAAUGUUCUGUAUCCCCUUCUGUUCUCUCUGUAUACUGCCUCUAUUGGCAAACUCAUGAAUUCCUUUGGCUUCUGCUACCACCUGUACACCGAUAACACCCAGAUCUAUCUCUCUUCCUCUGAUCUCUCUUAAUCUCUGAUUUGGAUGUCCUCCCACUUUCUGAAACUCAAUCACUCUAACUGGUGUUCUCUUUGAUCCUGGCCUCACCUUUGCACCUCAUACCCAGUAUGUUUCUAUAACAUGUCGAUUCCACCUUAAAAACAUUUCCCGCAUCAGCCUCUUUCCUAAGGCAAGAUGCUGCCAAGGAGUUUGUUCAUGCUCUGGUAAUUUCUCGCAUGGAUUACUUAAUAUUCUCCUAACUGGUCUCCUCAGAAGCCAUACUGCCGUACUGUAAUGAAUGUUACUCCUCUCAUACCUGGAUAUAGGGUUUAUAUGGCUGCCGGGGGGCGCCCUGCGCCCCCAUCGCCUGCACUUCUAAUGCUGCAGCCGCCUGAGCGCUCUAUAGAGAGCGCUCAGACGGCUGCCGCACUGCCUCUCUUCUCACCUCCCCUUCCCUGUGCAGAGUGGGUGGCCGAGCUCCUCUUCGUCCUUUCAGCCUGAGUGCUCACUUCCUUUCAGUUCGGCCGGGAACAGGUAACUGAAUCUCCUGUACCGCGCGGUACCCGGCCGGACUGACAGGACGAAGAGGAGCUCGGCCACCCACUCUGCACAGGGAAGGGGAGGUGAGAAGAAUGUAGGGAGGAUUGGGGGGGGAGUAAAAAGAAUAUAUCGCAAUUAGCCUACUGUGUGCUAGACCAGCAGGCAUGGAUUAUGUGCCCAAACAGCCUGGCACAUACCUGGGCUUUAAAUGCUAUUUCAGAUCAUUAUUUAAUGUCUUGCUGUGUAGCUCUGUCUGCUCACUGUACAUCAUGGCUAAUUUUUAUUUGGUGUGCAUUGGAAGAGGGGUAGUCUUAUACCGCGAGUAUAUCCCAAACUAUAUUUUAACUGGAAAAGUUGGGGGUCGUCUUGUAUGCCGGAAAAUACGGUAACUUCUAUGUCACAAAUAUGUCUCUGGCUCUCUCCUAAAGAACUACACCCCCUUACCUCCAGAUUCCCACCUUGUUUGUUUAUUGUUCCUCUUGAUAGCUCCCUAUUGCAUUAUUAUUAUUAUUGGUAUUUAUAUAGUGCCCCCUUAUGCCGCAGUGCUUUACACCCUUGUACUUCACUCCUCUAGACUGUAAACUCAUCUGAGCAGGGUCCACAUCUACCUAUGGUUCCGGUAUCAUUUUGUAAUUGCCCCUCUUAUUGUUACAUUUCACCCUUCAGUAAUAUUCGAAAGCUCUACAGAAUAAGUUGGCGUUAUAUUAAUACCUAUAAUAAUAAAGACAGAAUUUAAUAUUGCAUGAAUGAACGCAUACAAUUUAGUAUUGACAUGGCUAUUUUCGUUUUGUUUUCAUAGGACAGCCUACAGGGCUACAAAGCACAAAACAAGUUUCUCAAUAAAGAAAUAUUGGAGCUUUCUGCAUUGCGGAGAAACUCUGAACGACGAGAACAAGAAUUUGAGGCAAAGGUACUAAUUUGGAGACCGAAAAAAGUGAAUUGUAUUAAAUUCACCAGGGAAUUGAAAAUUCAAGGACAAAUUGCUUAGUUGGAAUAUUUUCCCAAUUUUGCUAUUUUUGUAUAAAUUUCAAUUACCUUGUGAAUUUCGAAUGAUUAGUGAACAAUCUAGAGUAUUUGAAAGGUUUUAAAAUGGUUUUAAUGGACUCUAGAUACAGAAUCAAAGAGUUUACUAACUGUAAGUUAUUCUGGAGAAAGCUUUACCAAGUCAUGCCUCUCUGUUCCUUCUUCAGUAUUCAAAUCUAGAGGCCAAGAUGUGUCAGAUUGAAAGUAAGUAUCUUGUGCUUUUGCAAGAAAUGAAAACUCCUGUGUAUUCUGAUGGCCAAGGACCUGCAAGGGAGGUUGUGAAUCAGUUGAUAGAAGAUGCACUUAAAGUGGAGACUGCAGAACUUCCCGAACACACCUUUAUCAGGCCUCAAAUUGUCAGGUAGGAAGUUAAGGAAAAAUUCUUCUUUUUUUUUUUUUCAUCCGGGUUGUCACCUUACAGGCUUUUUAAUAAAUAUGUGUUUGUGAUGCCUGAAAAAAAACAAAUUAAAAGGACACUCUGGGCAACAACACAACUUAAGUGCAUUGCAUAGCUUUUGGCCUUAUAUUUCUACUGUAGUUUUCUCCACAAUCAAAUCUCUUUUAGUGUUGCGUAAAAAGAAAAAAUGUUUUCCAGCAUAACUCCUCCUAUUAACCAGACCUCUCCUCUCCUUUCCAAGAGCCGCUUCCUUAUAGAUGUACUCGGCUCAGCCAAUCAAAGGUCAGUUUGAGCUGAGUUGCUCACAUGACUCAACGCCACAGCCAAUCAUUGUCCUGUUGUUGUCUGUUCCCGUAGCACAGCUUUAAUAUACUAUACAAUAAUAAGAGAACAGUGAUAGGCUGUGAGGUUGAUGUACAUUAGCAGCUGAGCUACAUUAUUUUGGUUGUUUUUCCUGUUCGCAAAAGUACAUAGAUUUUAACACCAGUUAAGAGGCCAAAGCCCAUCGAAGGCAUGUGAUGUAGCAGCUCAAAUGACAAGCAUUGGAUGUACGCUUGCCGAUCAUUCAUAUCAGGUCCCUGUUUCUCCUCUGAGGAGCACUGGAUUGGACCAACACUGGUGAAAGCCAUGUCUCCUUGAUGACGUAUUGCGAGAUGGAUAGAUGAGCUCUAUCCUCCAUCUUAUCUCCUUCAGUCAUUGUUAUAAGCUGUGACCUUUGCAUCUGCAGUCAGCAAAGAGAGAGGUGGAGGAUGGAAUCCGCAUUUCAGUUUCUUCACCUCAAUACAAUGUAUUUUUUGUAUGUGCCAGGACUCAACUGGAUUGUGAUGCAACUUGUUAAAUUUUUUAUAUACAUUUCAAAGAAAAAGAAAAAAGGUUAAAGGAACACGAUCGCAUUAGAAAUAUAAACCUGUAACCCUAACACUAUAGCGCCCAUGUCCCUUUUUUGCCCCCCAGCUUCAAAUGAAAAUUUAUAAAAUAAUGGUUUUAAUUACCCUUUUCCCUCUGCACUGUUCACCUCUCAAUGAUCCUCAGAGGAGAAAUAGGGACCUGAUGCUAAAUAAAGAAUUGAUGGGAAUUCAGUGUGAAUAUCAAAUUUAAGGAAAGAUGAGCCAAACUCUGUAACUAAUUUGGAGAUGUUUUCCAGUUUGGCUAUUUUGGCUUCAACAAAUAUAAAAUUUCUAAUUUAAUGAAUAACCAUCCAUAAGGGACCAGUAGUUAAAAAAAAAAAAAAAAGAAACUCUUCCUGAGCCAUAUAACCAUUGCAUUUCUUCUAGUUAAGUGUGUAAAAUUCUCAAAAAACCUUCUUUCUUUUCCAGCAAAUAUGAUAUCUAUGGAUUUCAGAUUCUUCCCGAAGACGAUGAUGAGGAAAAAUUAGUGGCAAGAGUAAGGGCUCUGGAACUAAGGAACUUGUCCCUCACUGACAACCAGGAGAUUUCUACAUUUGUCAAAUGGGAAAACUAUUUUGCCAGCACAGUUAAUCGUGAGAUGGUGCCUUCUCCAGAGCUGAAGGGUCUGGUCAGAAAUGGAAUCCCUCACAUGCAUAGAUCAAAAAUGUGGAAGUGGUUUAUUAAUCUGCACAUCAAGAAACUCAAGGAUGGAGUACCUCCUGGAUACUUCCAAAACCUUCUCCAGAAUGCCUUGGUGAAACAGAACCCAGCAUCAAAACAAAUAGAGCUGGACCUCAUGAGAACUCUGCCCAACAAUAAGCACUACACCUCGCCCACCUCAGAGGGCAUUCAGAAGCUACGCAAUGUCUUGUUGGCUUAUUCAUGGAGGAAUCCAGAUAUAGGCUACUGCCAGGGACUCAAUCGGUGUGUUCUGUGAUUUUCCGAGUGUCUUAUAAAAAUAAUCACAGCAAUGAUAUUUUGUUUGUGCACUUGUGUCCUAUACAUGCAUGUACUAAAAUGUGUAUUUGUCUUGCAUGUCCAAUACAGUCUUUAGAAACUUAGAUGGAGAAUCCACUCGAACAAUCGUUACGUGGACUAUUUAAGAGAUAUAUUUGUUAAAUGUAUGCUAAAUUCUGUCCCAAAAAGGAGAACUCAUUGGUAGAGAAAUAAUUUGCAGGAUUAUUAGCCUCCCCUAUCUCAAACAGACGUUAAUGGUCAAACUUAUUCCAGGGGCAAUUAAUAUUUAGGUGAUACUUAGGUGAGACAUACAGAUUAGUUCACCUCUCCUACUACUGAAAACUUAGAAUUUUAGUGUGUGUGUGUGUGUGUGUUACUUCACUUGUUUCGGUGAGAAUAGAUCUAUGGGGGCUUCAAAUUUUCCAAACCUAUUCUAAAACAUACGGAGAGACUUUAAUCUUUUCUAACUCGCAUGCACGAUCACUGUUGUGGAUCUUUCCAUUAAUGUUUACAUUCUGUAACUAGGAAUAUAGUCCGGGAGGAGAUUUUGACCUUGUGAAGGAAUAAUUUUCUGGUUUAACAUUCUGCUUGUGUAAAGUCUGGGAGUUUGAGACACUAUGUCUGUUUGUGUAAAAGGAACACCGAGAACACUGUACAUAUUGUGUGAUUUUGUCAUUGUGCAGAUGGCACUGUAUUGUAUACAUGGUGUGUGCAAUUUAAACUCAAUAUAGAGUAAUGUGUCAUUAUGCAUUGGGCAUUGUAUACAUGGUGUGAUUUUGUCAUUGUGCAGAGAAUAUUGUAUACAUGGUGUGAGGUAUCAUUGUGCAGAGGAUAUUGUAUACACAUUGUGUGAGGUAUCAUUAUGCAGAGAAUAUUGUAUACAUGGUGUGAGGUGUCAUUGUGCAGAGAAUAUUGUAUACAUGGUGUGAGGUGUCAUUGUGCAGAGAAUAUUGUAUACAUGGUGAGAGGUGUCAUUGUGCAGAGAAUAUUGUAUACAUUGUGAGAGGUGUCAUUGUGCAGAGAAUAUUGUAUACAUUGUGAGAGGUGUCAUUGUGCAGAGAAUAUUGUAUACAUUGUGCGAGGUGUCAUUGUGCAGAGGAUAUUGUAUACAUGGUGUGAGGUGUCAUUGUGCAGAGGAUAUUGUAUACAUGGUGUGAGGUGUCAUUGUGCAGAGGAUAUUGUAUACAUGGUGUGAGGUGUCAUUGUGCAGAGAAUAUUGUAUACAUGGUGUGAGGUGUCAUUGUGCAGAGGAUAUUGUAUACAUGGUGUGAGGUGUCAUUGUGCAGAGGAUAUUGUAUACAUGGUGUGAGGUGUCAUUGUGCAGAGGAUAUUGUAUACAUGGUGUGAGGUGUCAUUGUGCAGAGGAUAUUGUAUACAUGGUGUGAGGUGUCAUUGUGCAGAGGAUAUUGUAUACAUGGUGUGAGGUGUCAUUGUGCAGAGAAUAUUGUAUACAUGGUGUGAGGUGUCAUUGUGCAGAGAAUAUUGUAUACACAUUGUGUGAGUUGUGCCAUGUACUAAAAGGUGGGUUUCUCUCCAUUCUAGGCUGGCUGCCAUUGCUCUUCUUUACCUUGACCAGGAGGAUGCCUUCUGGUGCCUGGUAACCAUUGUUGAGAUCUUCAUGCCAAGGGAUUAUUAUACUAAAACGCUGCAGGGAUCCCAGGUAAAUGCCUCCAGGUUUUUAACCAUUUUGAUUUACUGGCACAGAGGAACAUUUUGCUAGUCCUUAUUUAACCAGUAUAGAAUAAUUUAUAAAGCCCCCAUGUUUGUCGCAGAAUGUAUUUCAGGCUCUUCUUAUGUCUUUCGAGAUCUGUACUAUAUCUGCCAACUUCUUUAACUCUAUCAUUCUCAUAGCCAAAUGCCCAAACCAGCCAUAAUCCUCAAUAAACACAAUGUCUUUCUUCUCCAUCUGUAUGUUUGGUCCCAUACCAUGUCAUAUUUUCUACCACAUUUACGACCGUAAACUCUUAAUAUUUGUAUUUUGCUUUCAACUGCAGCCCCGCUGCCCUCCCUCUAGCCACGCCGCCUCCCGCUGCCCUCCCUCUAGCCACGCCGCCUCCCGUUGCCCUCCUUCUACCCAAGCUGCCUCCCUUUGCCCUCCUUCUACCCAAGCUGCCUCACGCUGCCCUUCCUCUAGCCCCGCUGCCCUCCAGCCCCGCUGCCCUCCCUCUAGCCACGCCGCCUCCCGCUGCCCUCCCUCUAGCCACGCCGCCUCCCGUUGCCCUCCUUCUACCCAAGCUGCCUCCCUUUGCCCUCCUUCUACCCAAGCUGCCUCACGCUGCCCUUCCUCUAGCCCCACUGCCCUCCAGCCACGCUGCCUCCCGCUGCCCUCCCUCCAGCCACGCUGCCUCCCGCUGCCCUCCCUCCAGCCACGCUGCCUCCCGCUGCCCUCCCUCCAGCCACGCUGCCUCCCGCUGCCCUCCCUCCAGCCACGCUGCCUCCCGCUGCCCUCCCUCCAGCCACGCUGUCUCCCGUCCUUCCCUCCAGCCACGCUGCCUCCCGCUGCCUUCCCUCCAGCCACGCUGCCUCCCGCUGCCUUCCGUCCAGCCACGCUGCCUCCCUCUGCCUUCCCUCCAGCCACGCUGCCUCAUGCUGCCUUCCCUCCAGCCACGCUGCCUCAUGCUGCCUUCCCUCCAGCCACGCUGCCUCAUGCUGCCUUCCGUCCAGCCACGCUGCCUCCCUCUGCCUUCCCUCCAGCCACGCUGCCUCCCUCUGCCUUCCCUCCAGCCACGCUGCCUCCCGCUGCCCUCCCUCCAGCCACGCUGCCUCCCGCUGCCCUCCCUCCAGCCACGCUGCCUCCUCUGCCUCCGUCUACAGCCACGCUGCUCCUCUGCCUUCCGGCCCAGCUACGCUUGCCUCCCUCUGCUUCCCUCCAGCUAAUGCUUGCCUCUCUGCCUUCCUCCAGCCACGCUUGCCUCCCCGCUGCUCCUCCUCCCUCCAGCCACGCUUGCCUCCCCGCUGCCCUCUCCCUCCCAGCCACGCUUGCCUCCCGCUGUUCCCUCCAGCUACACGCUGCCUCCCCAUGUUCUCCCUCCAGGCUACCGCUCCCAUGUUCUCCUCUCCAUUACCGCUUGCUCUCCCCGCUGUUCUCCUCCCUCCAGCUACGCUUGCCUCCCCCGCGUUCUCCUCCAGCUACGCUUGCCUCUGGCUGUCUCUCCAGCUACGCUGCUCUCCCUUCAUGUUCUCUUCCAGCCACGCUGCCCCGCUGCCUCCCUCCAGCCACGCUGCCUCCCGCUAAGGUUCUCCCUCCAGCUACGCUGCCUCCCGCUGCCCUCCCUCCAGCCACGCUGCCUCCCGCUGCCUUCCCUCCAGCCACGCUGCCUCCCUCUGCCUUCCCUCCAGCCACGCAGCCUCCCUAUAUUCCCAUUUCCUUCUCACCCAUCCGCUAUAUGAUGAGGUUGUACGGCGCAAUCCUGGUUGGCAACAUUGAGAGAAAAAGAGGUUAUGUUUGACUACUUUUACUAUUUCCAUUGGAGAGAAAAAUACAAAUAUUAUAACAUCAGCAGUGUGUGUGUGUAUGUGUGUGUGUGUGUGUGUGUGUGUGUGUGUAUAUAUAUACACAUUCUGUAUAUCCACAAAUGAUUCAUAACUGACCCAGGAGAUUUAAUUUGCACAUUAUGGUGAUGUAGGUGGACCAGAGAGUGUUCAAGGACCUGAUGAGUGAGAAACUGCCACGUCUCAGCGCGCACUUCGAACAAUACAAGGUGGAUUACACGCUGAUCACAUUUAACUGGUUCCUGGUGGUGUUUGUUGACAGUGUGGUCAGUGACAUCUUCUUCAGGAUUUGGGAUUCCUUCCUGUACGAGGGAUCCAAGGUCAGUGUGUCCGCUCUCUUACUGUUCACAGUAAUUACUCUGUAAAUAAAAUGACAUUUAAUAGCGGCAUUAAUCUGAUGAGAGUCAAUUUCCGCCAUUACACGUUGACUUAUCAUUUCACAGCUAGCUUGCAUGGUCACGCUAAAAAAAUAUCUGCCAAUAGUUUCCAGAUUAUCAAGAAAGUUUUCUCCAGUGAGAUAAUAGCGGAGAGUUUUUCAUAGACUACUGGGAAACACUGAAUUAAUUGAUAACAAUGUUAGUGGAUUGUACAGACCGUGAUUUGGGGUGUUUGUAAAGUGGCUCUGUCCCCCCUGAAAUAUGAGUGUUUCAUAAAGAUAGAAUACUCAUAUUGACAUAAUUCCAUCCCAGUCAAGAGAUCUACUGAGACAAAGUAUACAUUACGUCUAGACACCAGUGAAAGCUGCAGGGAAUUGGCUUUAUCUACGGAGGCCGUGGAAUCCUCCUUGGACCUCAAUGCUGUAUUAUUGUGCAUGCGCAAGAGUUUAGCCGUGAUUUCAGCUCUGAAGCUCCAGGAGCUGAAGAGCACUCAGCAGGACAAGAUGGCGGCACCCAUGGGGAACAGGUUCAGCCAAGAACUCACCAUUGCCUGCUUCCCUCUCGUCCACUGCACCCUUAGCAGCGAUGUCACUGUUGGCUGCAGCACUAAGUACCGUAUUUUUCGUUCCAUAAGACGCACCAUACCAUAAGACGCACCUAGUUUUUAGAGGAGGAAACCCAGGAAAAAAAUAUUCUGAACAAACUGUCCCAUAGUGUUUAACACCCCCCCCGUCCCGUAGUGUUCCUUACCACCCACUCCCCUCUCCUGUCCCAUAGUGAUCUUUAAUCACCCCUCCCCUGUCCCAUAGUGAUCUUUAACCCCCCUCCCCUAUCCCAUAUUGAUCUUUAACCCCUCCUCCCCUGUCCCAUAUUGAUCUUUAACCCCUCCUCCCCUGUCCCAUAGUGAUCUUUAACCCCUCCUCCCCUGUCCCAUAGUGAUCUUUAACCCCCCCUGCUGUCCAAUAGUGUUCUCCACCCCCUCCCCUUGUCCAAUAGUGUUCUCCCCCUCCCCCCUCAUCCCAUAGUGUUCUGCCCCUCUACUCAUCCAAUAGUGUUCCUCCCCUUGUCCCAUAGUGAUCCAAGUAGGUUUACUUAACUGUAUUGUAGCGUCGGCCGGCAGAACAGCGCGCACCGCAGUACAGGAACUUAAAUUUCAGUGUCUGGUACCCGGCUGGACUGAAAGGAAGUGCACACACGGAGUGCGCACUUCCUUUCAUUCCGUCCGGAAACUGAAAUUUAAGUUCCUGUACCAUGGUGCACGCUGUUCUGCCGGCCCACGCUACAAUACAGUUAAGUAAACUUAUUCACUCUAUAAGACGCACAGACCUUUCCCCUUACUUUUGAGGGGGAAAAAUGUGCCUCUUAUAGAGCAAAAAAUACUGUAUAUGAUGGCAGGCUGUUAAAUGCAUGUAUGCCGAUUUCCAGCCACAUCAGGCAAGCUUCAUUUUUAUACUAUGUCUGCUGCCAGUGUUCUCAUCCACAAGUUUGUGCUUGGCUGGUCCAUUGUAUACAGACAAUGUAGACUUAAAGGAACACCGUAGUCACCAAACCAACUUUAGCUCAAUUAAGCAGGUUUGGCUUAUAGAUCAUGUCCCUGCAGUCUCACUGCUCAGUUCUCUGCUAUUUAGGAGUUCAUUCAUUUUUGUUACUGUUUAUAGAACCCUAGCUACACCUCCUGUGGCUGUGACUGACCGAGCCUGCAUGAAAACAAAUUGGCUGCAUUUUAAUCAGAUCUUGCAGCACAGUGUGUUUACUUUUAGAAGGUUUCAUGUCCUGCUUUGUUAAUUGAACUGUAAUCACACACAGGAUCUCAUGCAGACUCUAUCAUGAUAUUAACAGAGGCCCAGCUCACAUGCAUGCCUAGUGCUUACAGACCUCAGAUGACUCUAGAGUUCCAACUGGGAGGAGGUGAGUAUUAACUUGACAUCAAAUGAUAAAGUUGACAAAUGAUGGGAGGCUUGACUAAAGCUCAACCCUUUCUCAACUUAUGUCAACCUGCAGGGUAUAUAUAAGAAAAAGUAAUCCCUACAUUUCCUUACGUAUAACUUUGCAAAUAAACCUCAUUAAAAAAACAAGAUAUGCAGAGCAGCCAAAGGAGGAUUUUGGACAUGACUAUUUAAAAAACUUUUUUUUUUUAAAGUGACUUUAAAGUAUAGCAAGGUCUUAUUCUGAAACUAUUUCUGUUUUCACUUACCACUUCCUCCUGGGGAAUCUUGCCAUUUCCUACAGAUGCUAGUAGCAACUUUAUGCUGAUAGCACUCAGAUUAACCUCUCCUCUAUUAAAAACAAAAUAAAGUAAAUUUUCUUUAAUUUCAUAAGAAAAUUCAAACUAAAAAUGUGACGUUAGUCUAAAAUUAUUAUUCUGCAGUCGGCAGAACUGGUCUGAAAUUCUGCUGACUGCAGAGUUCUUCUUGCAUAGUAUUGAUAAGGUCUGUGUUCAACUAUUUAUCAGUCCAUCAUUGAUCACUUGUGUUACCAUUUGUAAGAUAGUACGAACGGACUUCCUUUUUUGCCUUCAAAAGAAGUGAUGGGUAAGAAUGAAUUCAUUGUCUGAGUGUAACAUUUAUUGAAUGCUGUAUUUUUAAACCAGGUGAUGUUCCGCUUUGCUCUGGGUUUAUUUAAGUACAAAGAGGAGGACAUUUUGAAGCUGCAAGACUCGAUGUCCAUAUUUAAAUACCUGCGAUAUUUCAGUCGCACGAUCUUGGAUGCAAGGUAUGAACUAAGUAAACCCAUAUAGUCCUAUAUCAUUGCGGAUAAAAACAUGAGGUGCAUGCUUGAUAUUAAAUCACACAAACCAAUCGAAAUCUCCAACUAUCGGAUCCCAAGGAGCAGACAAGGUUAUAUCAUUUUUGUAAUUAGGGGGAUUCUUGAUGGGUCUGUUAUAACAUCAAAGCUAGGUACUUGCAAUGCAUGCUUGUAAAUCUUGCACGUUUAGUGUAUCUUUGUACAAUCUUGCACAUUUAGUGUAACGUUGUACAAUCUUGCACGUUUAGUGUAACUGUAUGGCUGUGCCCAUCACUUGUUUUGUUGUAGGGUUUUUUAAUUAAAUAGUUUGAACUUCACACUCUCUUUUAAAUGAACUAAUUUCCUAAACAUUUGGGGUCCACGAGUGAACACUCGAGUUGGAAUUUAGUAAAGUUAACAGCUAAAGAUUUUCAAGUUUCUACUGUAAUUUCAUUUUUGUGAAUUGUAAUACCGUGCUAAAACUCCAUUGUUUCAGGAAGCUGAGUAACAUGGCAUUUUUGGACAUGAAUCCAUUUCCGCUGAGGCAGAUCCGAAACCGGCGUGCAUACCACUUGGAGAAAGUCAGACUGGAGCUGUUAGAGCUGGACAGCAUCCGUGCAGACUUCAUAAGGGAGCGGGAGACUCACCCAGAGAGGAGAGACCUCAUCAGUGAUGACGAAGAGGACAGCUGAGCUGGCACAGCAAGAGCCCGUUAAAUGUAACAUGAGUACCGAUAGGCUUCACUGAGAAAGCUGGGCUUAUAUCUAAACUGGUUUGGCGUGCCCUCUGAGAACAGUCUGGCAGAUCCCUGGGUAGAACUAUAGAGUUUAAAAAAAAAAACCUCUCCAGUCUAGAUCAAACGAUUUCUCUGGUCAAUGUUCUUGAAUCUGCUAGCCAGAAAAUGGAAACAUACACUCUUAAAGAGACACUGUCAUUGUGAACAUGCUUUGCCGAUGGUGAUUUGGAGCGUUUAAGGAAUCUCUUCAGUAAAUCCAACAUUCUAUUGUCAGAUGACAUUGUAUCUCUGCUGCAAUAAUGCUCGGCAGGAUGAAUUACAUGCUACAAUCCUGCUGUGUACAGAUAACCUUGGGGUUUGCAUUUGCAGGGCAGAUUGGAGUAUACAUUGAAGGUAUAUAAGGGCUGGAAUUAAAUCCAUUGCACUGAGCUUUAGCUUCCUUUCCAGUAGAAAAUCUUGCAACUUGGCUAAUAGUCAUCAAUUUGGCUAAACAAAAGUUUUUUUGUUGGUUUUUUUUUUUGUUGUUGUUCCACAUUCCAGAUUGGUGCAAAGUAAUUGUGUGCACAUUUGUGUAAAUUUAUCUUUGCCUCACUUACAAAAUAGCACAAUUCCCAUUUGUUUUUUUUGUUUAUACAUUCCUUCAAACAUUAGUUUUUUAUAUAUACUUUUUUUUGUUCUGUUUUUACAAUUAAACAUAUUAUUCACUAAAGUGAGAGUUCAAAAUGAAAGUGAAAUCAAAGAGAAUUUCAAAUUUAAAGCCAGAGUAGCCAAAUUGAAAGCAUAUCUGACUUAGCAGAUUUUUCCAUUUUGGCUAUUUUCGCCUUAACCUUGACGUUCACUUUGAAUUUACCUAGAAUUCUCAUUUUAGUGAAUACACUUCUUAAUUAUUUUCCUGCUGAGAGUAGGUUGCAGUGCCACGAUGUGAGUUUUCCAUUAAGAGAUUAAUGUACUAUAACCUAAUCAAUGGCACAUUACACAGAUACAUCCCAGUACUCAUGGCACUGGGAGCGAAAAUACAAUAUUUAUUGAAUAUCACUCUCGGCAUGAUCGGUGGACUAAUAAAUGCAAACAAAAAGCCUCACGUUGUUGUGUGCAAACAGACAUCUACAGUGUUUAUAAUAUUGUUACUUAAGAGUUGUGAUAUACAUUAUAACAGUGUCCCUUUUUUUUAAAGCACGUUGCUAUCUGAUUUCUUUAAAAUGAAAUGAAAAUUAAUAAAAUAGCAAUGCUCUCAUUUUCACAAAGCACUUAAAAAAUUUUUUUUUUAAAUUCCCAUAAGCACUUGGAUGCAAUAGUGCAUAUUAUCACUAGUACCACCAUCAUUCCAUUAUGCUUUUUUACCGUUCAUAAUAACUGUAACAGUUUUGUAUGUGUUUGACACAAUUUCUUUUUAUAUAAUGCAUUAUAUGCAGCUUAACAUUCUCUCUGUGUGUGUGUGUGUGUGUGUGUGUGUAUAUAUAUAUAUAUAUAUAUAUAUAUAAUAUAUAUAUAAAACGAUGUACCUGUCUACCUAAAUUCUCUGUAGGCACAUCUGUCUAGAUCUGUCUCUCUAUAGAGAGCCUAAUUUCAGCAUUCCUCUAUCUAUAAUGAAACAGUAUUAUAAUAUAUUGAUUGUGUCUCUGGCUGGUACAAGGGUAAUUGUUUUCCUGCUCUUGAAAGGCAGGAAUUGUGAUAAGGAAUUUAUGGCAACAAUUGAAUUUAUCUACCAUAAUCGAAAUGUAACACAUUGAAAUCUAAUUGUCAAAACGUAGACUAAAAAUUUGUGUAAAAAAAAAAAAUAAUAAUUCCUCAAUUUGGUUAGAAUUACAGACUAGCAAUUUUAGCCUUAAUUGUGACAUUCUGCAUUUAGUGAUUUAAACUGCAGAUUUAUUUUAUUUUUUAUUAUAUGGACCAAUUUGGAGGAAAAAAUAUAGCAAGCAUUCUUGAUUCUACUUUGGCUGUUUGGACCUGAAUGUUACAUGUUGUACAGCAUGAGACCAUUUUGUGAAUCUUUAAUUGAAUAUUUUUUUGUAUGUUAUUAAACCCUGCUAGCAUUUCCUUUUUAUCCUGCAAAUAAUAGCAUAUAGUGACCGUUUCAUAUUUUGAGUAAUAUAGAUAGUUACUGCAUUGCUUGAUUGCCCUGAAAGGUUGACCCAAAUUAUAUUAUUUACCAUCUUGUAUGACCCAAUUUUGUCCAUUUAUGUAUACCUGUAGUAAUGUUUAUAGAACACUCACAGGAAUUUCAAACACUUAGCUGUCUUACAAAUGCUGGUAUAUAUUGUUUCAUUGUCUUUAGAAUCCAAGCGCUGUCUUCUAUUAUGCUGGUUGCAAAAAUAAUAUGUAAAGAAAAUGUUUAAGGGAAGAGCAUGUUUGUCAUUUUAUAGAGCUUCCACAUAGACAAGGCUUUUUUGUCUUGUUUUUUUUUUUUUUUUUUAGAGAAACAAUCAGCUCUAAUUAUUUCACAACCCAAUAGCUCUUUAAAGGUCAGCUAUGGUUUCUGCUAUUUAUAUGUGGCCAUAUGUAGUAUAUCAGACUGCCCAGACAAAGCCAGCCAUGCACAUAAAAGAUGAGAACAUUGUGAUGCGCAUGCAGGAGUACUGGAAUGUGGAAGUGAGGUUCCUGAGCAUGUACCACAUUUUGGAAGGAUGUUGGCUCUAGGACUUGUAGUGCUACCUUUUACUUAACUUUCGGCAAACUUGUAAUUUGUGUUUACUGGGGUGGGAAUAAACAGGGCUCCCACCUCAAAGCUGACAGGCUCUCUUUAGAUGGGUACCUGCCUCAUUUACACUUUGUUGGGUAUUAUAUUGUCUUUAAUUCUUCAACUGCAAUUAUCCCCCUGAGGAUUGCAACACAUUGGUCAUCAGUUUUCUGAUAGUACUGUAUUUAGUCGAGCUGUCUUUCCAUCGGGACGGUCCAGUUUCUUCAAAAAAAAUUCAGUGAGGGUUCUACAUCUGUUCUUAGACUGUCCUGGUCAAAGCAUCAUUGGUGUCUAUGGGCCCCACGAAAAUACUGAAGGGGCCAGAAAUGGCCUGUGGGCCAAUACUUUGAGAUCCAAGGCUUAAAGAGUAACUUCCACCUGCAUGACCCUUCAGCUUUUUAGAAGUGGUCAUGGAGCAAGGAAUCUGUAAGUGCAGCGUUUCUGUGACAAAUGUAAUUGGCUUCUACUCUUCCUGCAUUGUGUAAAUGGGGAUUGUUUUUCUUUCUUUUCUUAAUUGCUUCCCUUUGCCCUCCCCACAUGCGAUCUGAGCCUGAAGAUCAGUCCAAUCAAAUACUGAGAAUCAUUUGACUGGACCUUAGAGAGGUAAGAAGUAUCCCCCGCUGGAUCUCUGCUUAGGGGUUUAGAAUUAAGAAGUCGCUAUGUGGAUGGACAAAAAUUCUAGUACCCAACAAGCUAUUAUACAUUUUUUUUUUUUAAAGGUUAUAGUAUAGAAAGGGUUGGAGUAAACCUUUAAACACUGCUUGUUUUUUUCCCCCUUUUUAUUACUAAUCUAUCAAAAUGCUGGAUAAUUCUUUUAUUUUCAUUAAUGUAUGCACAAUAUUUUUUACUUGUUACAAUAUUUUUUUUAGUUUUAUAUUUGUAUUAAGCCUCAGUGGCCUUCGUGGUUUCUACUAUGUAAAUACUGUGAACUCUUGCUGGUAUUAUUUUGCGAUGACCAAUAAAUUGCAGACCAAUGCAUUCUAGUUUGUACCACUAGACGUCUGUAUACUCUGUCUCUCUCCAUCUGUCUCCAUCUCUAUUUUCUUGCAUUGUUUAUGGAUACAGGCCUGUGUUUAUUGUUGUGUUUCUUGUUACACAGAUAUAUUCUUUUCUGCUCCGUAUUGUUCUAACGUUCUCACUGUCUCAAUGAGAUGGGUCAACAGAUACUCCUCUUGUUCCAGCAGCAGUAUUCCUGUUAUUUUUUCUUUUUUAUCUUUUUUUUGUUUGUUGGUUUUUUUUAAUGUUUGUUUUAUCUAUAAUAAACUGUGUUAAUAAAGGAAAAUGUGAUCUGACAUUCUAAAAGCACAAUACUCUCUUUCCUGACUACUUCUCAAUCCAGCUCUAUGAAUUUUUACAACCAAUAUCCAGGAACAAAAAUAUUAACCUGCUAUUUUCCAUCAAACAUUGAAUUAUGCUUAAAUUAAAACUGAAAUAAAGAAUAAUAUUAAUAUAGGAGGUCGUUUUAACUUUUAUACGAGACACUGCAGUAAGUGAAUAAAGAC